GCAGGUGAAAAUUUCAAAUACUGCGUUACUCUCGUUUAGACUUGAGCAUGAUGAUAGUUCAGUAUGAGGCUAUUAGGAUCAUUUCUACGUAGCAAUUGUCUAAAAAUGGGGUUAAGUAGUUCCCAGUUGGAAAAGGAGAUUGCUAACGAUCAGCUACUAAGUGGAGAGCGGUAUUUUGGACUAGUAAACUUCGGUAAUACAUGCUACUGCAAUUCGGUAAUACAAGCGCUGUUCUUUUGCAAGCCUUUUCGGGAUAAGGUCUUGGAAUAUAAUGACCGAGCUAAAAACCCGAAAAAUGAAACCCUUCUCACAUGUCUUUCAGAUCUGUUUUACUCAGUUGUGUCACAACAAAGAAGAGUAGGACAAAUGCGUCCUAAGAAGUUCAUACAGAAGUUAAAGCGGGAAAACUGCCUGUUUGACAACUACCUACAGCAGGAUGCCCAUGAGUUUCUGAAUUAUCUUCUUAAUAAAAUAGCCGAUAUAAUAAGAGCGGACCAACAAUCAACGGGGACUGACGAUACCGAAGGCGUCAAAAGUUGUAGUUCAACUGAUGUCCAAGCGAAUGAUAAGAGGAGUGGAAAUCAAAACUGGAUCCACGAAAUUUUUCAGGGAAGCCUGACCAACGAAACCCGGUGUUUGAACUGUGAUAACGUUCGAACCAAAGAGGAGAAUUUUUUGGAUCUGUCAGUAGAUGUUGGGGAUAAUGUUGAUAUUUCUUACUGUCUACGUUGCUUUUCGGAUACUGAAACGAUGCGAUCAGACAACAAGUACUACUGCGAGUUCUGUCGCUGCAAACAAGAAGCUCAAAGGAGAAUGCGCAUUAAGAAACCGCCUCUACUUCUAGCUCUUCAUCUGAAGCGUUUUAAGUAUUCAGAAAAUCUUAAUCGAUUUAUCAAACUAUCCUAUAGAGUUGCCUUUCCUAUGGAAUUAAGACUUUUUAAUACGUCUAGCGAUUCGUCUAACUCUGAUCGUCUCUACAAUCUAAUGGCUGUCGUUGUUCACUCAGGAUCUGGUCCAAAUCGUGGACAUUAUGUAACACUUGUAAAAUCUCAUGGACUAUGGUUUUUAUUCGAUGAUGAACUAGUUGAAAAAAUUCAUCGUACAAAUAUUGAGGACUUUUUUGGUUCUUCUACGGAAACUGCAAAAUCUUCAUACACAGCCUACAUCCUCUUCUACUUAGAUGCUAAAGUUGCGUCGAAUACAUCAGCAGCUGCUGCUGCCACUGCCAGUUCCUCUCUGGUUAGUAAUAGUAAUGGUGGUAGCACGGGGAGUUCGGUGUCAAUGUGAUCAAUCAAAUAACUAGAUACAUUGCUCCCGAUCACUUCUUUCACUCUAUCAUUCAUUACUUUUUGUAGCAUUUUAUUUGCCAUUUUUUCCAUUUUCGUCACCAGAUUUACGAUGUAAUUUAAAGCGUAUUUCAACAUGUCUUUACAAACCUUAUCCAUGUUCACGUACACAAGUUGAUUGUGCAAUCAGAUUAUGUUGGAUUAUUUUGCAUAUACACCUAUGCACGUAUAUUUAUUUUAUAUACUUACUUGUGUUCGUGUAAUAUGUAUAUAUAAUGUACCUGUGGAUAGGUCAAAAUAAAUUGCGACUGAAACACAGA